AUGACGUGCAAAAGUCCGCCGAGAAUUUAUAACAGCAAAAAAAAAAAAAAAAAAAGAAAUCGAGGACUGGAAGCUCCUUAUGCGGUUGUUGCAUUCGUUCAUGGAGAAUCAUACGAAUGGAAUUCUGGAAAUCCUUACGAAGGAACCGUUUUGACCAGUUACGGUCACGUGAUUGUUGUCACUAUCAAUUAUCGUUUGGGAAUUUUGGCACGGCACGAAAAAAAAGAGAAAGAGACAGAGAAAAUAUAA